UCGUUCUUCGAGCCAGAGAUGGCAGAUCAGGAUCAAGCAAAGCAGCAAGCUCGCCGCAUCAUGAGCCGGCUGAGGGAGCGCGCGCCGAAUUCCCGCCAGCUGCUCGGGAUAGUCCUCCUCCUCACGGCUGCGCUCAUCGUUCUAGUUCUCGGUGGCAUCACUCUGGCCGGUGCUGGCCUCUCGCUGGCUCUCGCGACGCCGCUCUUCAUCCUCUUCAGCCCGAUCCUGGUGCCGCUGGCUGGGAUCGUUGCAGUCGGCACCGGAGGAUUCGUGUCGCUCAGCGCGGCCUUCGUGACCGCGUGCUCCGCGGUUGCAUGGCUCUACAACUACGUCAAAGGCAGGCACCCGGUGGGAGCUGACAAGAUCGACGCUGUCAAGCACAAAAUCGCCGAUACUGCGUCGCAUGUCAGCGAGAAGGCCAGAGAAGUCGCGCGAGAAGUUGGAGCUUGAGUCCAUCCAUCCGAGAUAGUUUUGUUUGCUACUUGCUUUUGGGUUGUGUCAAUAAUAGUACUGUCAUUCUUAUCGUUCU